AUGGAAAUUCCCACUCGCCCGAGUCCUCCGGGGGGGGGGGACGGGCUUCGGACCUCUGUCGCAGAACUCGAGAGACCGCCUCGCUCGACGGCUUCUGCGAAACGGGGUCUCUGCUGCCCUUCACCCGAAGGCGCGGGGGGCUGCCGAGACCCGCCGUGGGGCGCCCCAGGCCCUACGGCUCCCUCGGCUUCCGGCGGCGCGCCUCCUGCUGACGCGUUCGCCGAGUCGCUCGCUUCGGUUCCCUUUCCUCCUCGUGCAGGCCUCUCCCUGUCUUCUGGCUUGCCGAACUGUCUCCCUGCCUCGACACGGCCUUCGCUGUCUUCCUUUCCUGGCGAUCCCUCCGCCGAUUCAGCUCCGGGCGCCUCCGUCGCUCCUGCGUCGCCUCCUCUUGUCUCCGCUUCGUUUCGUCUGCAGCCUCCGCCUGAUUUUUCUUCUUCCUUCCGUGCCUCCUCGUCGUCUGCGCGUCGGCACAUCUCGCCGGCUGCUUCCCUCUCCGCGGAGUCGUCGCCCGCGCUCCGGCAGGGUGGGGAUGUCGUUCUUGAAUCCUCGCGGGCUGCAGCGGACCGGCUCGCCUCCACGCGGCGAGGCGCAGCUCCGGUUUCCUGCGGCCUCUCUCCGCCCCUCCCUGGAUUGUUUCUGCGCAUGGGCUCCUUCCUCGUCGCCUUUCUGGCGGUCUUCGCUGUCCACUUACACAUUGCCUCUCUCUCUCUCCUCGUGCGGCAUCCAGUCGCCCCUGAGCCUCCCGAGCCCGUCGAGACGCCGGCGGCCUCCACGGCGGGGAUCCUCCAGGAAGCGCGCGGGACGGGACAAGACUUCGCGCUCCAGGACGGCUUGCAUGCAGUGCCAAGGGCAUACGCGCUCGAGGGCGUCGCGUCCUCUUCGGUGUUCGCGCUCCUCCACGCGCAGGAGAGCGAGGCGGCGCGGAAGGGUCCUCCCCCUCCGGCGGAGGAAAAACCGCCCUUUGCCUUUGCAUUUUCAGGGCUUGGAAAGAGCGAGAAGCCACGGAAAACCGGAGCGGAAUCGCCGCUGUCGCACACACUGUCGGGGGGAAAGACAGCACCGUCCCUCGAUUCUGCGCUGCCGGGAUUCCUCUCCUUCUCCUCCAGCUUGUUCCCGCCCUCGCUCUUGACGGCGCCGUCUCCACUGCCCUCGUCAUGGCCGUUCGCAGAGGACAUCCUCAUUGCGUGGCACCUUUUCUGUCAAGCUCUGGGUUGUCUCGUCUACGGCGCCGCGGCGGACUCCAAGGGACGCCAGUGGGCGCUCGCGCGGGCGCUGAAGGUCUUUACGUUCGCGUCUGUCUCCUUCACGGUGUGUGCCCUCGUGACGGCGGGGCUCUUCCGCGGAGACGCUCCGCCGCGUUCCUCCGCGGUUGCUACGCCUGCGCACGAGGCCCUUCCGCUGCUAGCCUCGCAGCUGCUUGCCAGCAGUGCGGUGGAGCCUCAUUCGAGCAACGCGCACGAGGAGCCUGCGUCGCAGCUGAUUCGGCGCGAGGUCCUGGGGAGUCACCGGAAGAUCCGGCGAAGGUUGGGGAGCUCAGAUGGCGAAGAGCGAAACGCGCCAAAGCCCCAGGAGGGCGAGGCUGCCGAUCGUGCGCCAAAAGGGCGACGAGAGCAAUCAAAGUCCCCGGAGCUGCCGAGCCGUAUUCAGAACGAGGGAAGCGACCGCAGCGGCGGAGAGGCUGCAUAUGGCCCUUCUAGGCUUUGGGCUCCACAGCCGAGCUCGGAGUCUGUCGCCGCGUCUGAGAUGCCGAUGACGGGAGACAGCGGGGGCGACGCUGUAUCUCUCGGCGUGCUCACUAGCGGCUCGUCGGGAGCGCCUGUACCCCGCGCAGGCUCUUCUGUGCUGUCGUCUUCCCUCGUCCCUGCGGCAGCUCUGGUGGGUGCUUCCUCGAAGGUCGUGCAAGAGCAGCCUGUGGCAGACGCCUUUUCGUGGGAGACGCCAACUGCAUUCUUUCGUUCUGUGUGGCGCGCGGGGGUCCUGUUUUUCGAGCAACUCGGCGACUUUUUCCGAGCCGUGUCCCGAUCUUCCUCGCGUGGUGCGGAUUCUCUGGCAUUGCUUCCCUCCCUCGUCUUUCCCUUCCUCGCACUUCUCUUCUUCUCCAUGGCUGCUGCGGCUUGCGGCGGGAUCGUCGUGGCUGCGCACUGCAUGUGUUUCGAGGCUGCAGCUGCGUAUCGCCUUGUCCUCGACUCCGCAGCCCCGCAGGUCGAGGGCCCUUCAGCAGUCUCCUCCGCCUCGGGUUCCGGGUCCCUGCCCGCCUCGGCCCCCUCGCUGGGCAGCGACGACUCGGCCGCGGGCACCCCGUCUGGAGAACUGCAGGCCCUGAGGGCUCCCCUGCUUCCCGAUUUGGCUUCCGAGGCCCCUCGCGGCAGGUAUGAGCACUUCUCAGUGGCGGCGGCGUGUAGGCUGCUGGGCAGCGAGGUGGCUUCCGUCUGCAUCUGCGCAUGCCACUGGCUCGCGCAGGGCGCGUCGUCUUGCUUCAGAGGUCUCCGGCCGUGGUUCCCGUCUGCCACGCCCCGCGCGAUCAGCCGAUUUGCCUUCGCGUCCUCUCCGUAUAUUCCCAUUGCCUACCUCGUGGCUGCAGAGAUGGUCGCGCACUUCUUUCUGCCGGCGGUUCUGUCGGCGAGCCUCUCAAAGUCCGCGGCGGGAGGAGGCCCUCGCCUUGCCGCGGCCCCUUUCCCCGUGUUCUGCUUGGCGGCGUCUUUCUCCUUUCCGCUCUGUCUCUUGCUGCUGCUUGUCUCGGAGUGGCUUCUGGUGGAAAACCCGUACUUCCUCGCUCAGCAGCGGUACCUCCAGAGUGCCAUGCAUGGGUCGCAGUCGCGGCGAAACAAAGAGAGUCCACGGGGCGACUUGAGCAGAGUCCAUCCCGCGCCUUCUGAUGUAGAAGACGACUCUGCGCCGUCGGCCGCGUCUUCACUCGUCGUCGACCUCCGCCCUACCUCGCCUGCAACGUACGAAAACCUGGCCUCGCCGCCAACCGCGUCCUCUCCCAGCCGCGUGGAGUCGCUUCUCGACUCGUGUUCAGGUGUCGCCCUGUCUGCUUCAGGCUCUCUCCCGGGCGGAGAAUCUCAUUCGCCCCCUUCUCUGGCUGCUGCGGGGGCCGAGCCAGAAGCCCGGGAGCCUGCCAGCGAGUCGUACGGCCGGGCGGAGGGUGCCGCGGCUGGGCCCUCGGGGAGACGUGGGCUGCGGGCGCCCCCGUCUGAUCUCCUGGCUCCACUGCUGCCCUCGCCCGCGGCUGGAGAGGGCCGCCGACGUGCGUCUGCUCCACCGGCAGACGAGGUGUCUCCGCGGGCGUCGCUACCGCCACGGCCAAACUGGUGCCUUCCCUGCCUCGGCUCGGCCUGCGUGCCCUGUUCCUACCUCUGCUUCAGGCGUGCCAACGCUGAGCGCGGCGGCUGGUGCUCGAGAUUGCCAGUUGUAGCGGCAGCGCGAGCUUCGCUGCAGAUGUACCGGAGAUACCUGGCGGCUCGCCAUGGCACAGCGCUGUCGGGCAUCACCGCGCCAGCGGCGUGCGUUGGCGCCGCCUUCUAUCUCCGCGGAUUUUUCCGCUUCCUACUCCUCGACUGCGUCGUUCUCGAGGAAGGGCAUCAGGGUGUUUCAGAAGCGGUGAAGGGCUACGACGCUUUCGGCUUCGCGCAAAGGCAGGCUGCGAGUCAGUCCUCCGCUGGCUCGGGGGGUUCCUCGCUUUUCCAGCUGCUCGUGCCUGUCGCGCAGGCGGCCCCGCCCGCGGCCCCUGGUCACCUCCAGGCGGCGCUAGCGCCCGGCCUUCAUCUGUUUCGUUUAGAAACUCCGGUGAUGCUCGUGCGCGUGCUCACAGCGAUUCUACCGGUGUUCCUCCUCUCACUGCUUCCGCCAAAGCCGCUGCAGAUGGUGGGGAGCAUUGUGUGUGGCUUCAUGAGUUUCGGUAUCGCCCUGACGCUGACAACCCUCAGUCAGCGUUUCCCUUCGAUCCCGCCCAUCUCGGCGUCGAGGACAGCCUCGCUGCUCUACGAAGUCGUCUUCUGCUGGUGCAGCUUCGCCCCGGCGUUCACUGUGGCCCUGCUCCCCCUCCAAGGAUUCCACACAGGUGUCCGCGGCGGCGCUGCGGCGGCGGCCGCGGCCUGCGUGCGAGCGGGGGCCGGCCUCUCGAUUCUCCUUGUUCAGCUCUUGUUCAAUCUCCCGGUGUCGCGGAGUUUCGCGGACAUGUUUUCGGGUGAGGACUCGCCGGGUCCGCAGCCUUCGAGUUCUGGGGGGGGCCUGGGCGAGACGGCUCCGCCUCCCCCGAGCCUGGCGCGCGGCGACGUUGCUUCCUCCUCCAGCGCGACUGCGUGGCACACAACGAGUGACGACACCUGCUCGGCUGAGGCAAUUGCUGCGGCCAUGUUCUCCUGCGCAUUCUACGUGGUUGCUGCGGCGCUGACCCUCAUGGUGACGACCCACGUGCGUCUUCCAAAGUUCUUUGGGGAGCAGCUCAUUGAAGAGAGGCAGGACAAGCAAGCCGAGCUGGACGCUCGAGCCGCGCGGCGACUGCAGACCAGACGACAGGCCGAACGGCCCGAGCUCAGGCGUCUCGUCUCCCAAAGGUGGGGCGCACAGUGGGUCGAGGGCGAGGAGGAAGGUGUCGGCGUCCUUCUGGAUAGGCUGUAUCUUCACCUCAUCAAUCAGCCUGCGGGCGAUGUGGGAGCGGAUCUCGAAGAAGAAGACGACGAAGAACUCGCGGACGAAGGGCGGACAAAGCCCACGAAUGAAACGUCCAGUCAAAGCAACAACCGCCGCAAGGGGAGGCGCGACGCAGAAAGUGCAACGUCAGGGGCAAGUCAGGUGCUGCGAAGCCGGAGAGCUGGUUGUUCCCCUGGCUGA